AUGGGCCGUCUGAAGUUCACACGUGUCGGUCUACCGUUCUUCGCAAUUGUUCUCGGCGGCGCUUACGGUCUCCACUUUUUCCAGCAAGUUCGAUUCGAUUUCCGCAAAAUCCGACAGGAAGACGCGAAUCUCGAUUUACUCGUGAGUAUUUUUCGAAAUUUUAAGAUAGUUUUCACCAAAUAUUUCCAUAAUAAAUAAAGUUUUCAGCGUUCCGACUUGACAAAAAGCGGAAUAAAAAUCCGAGACAACGUCACAGUUGAUAGUGUCUACAAAGAGGUUGCUGAAUUGGACACAGAUAAUUGGGAGAAUAUUCGAGGCCCACGGGAUACCGAGGAUCUUACCCAAUAUAAUAUUAUCAAAAAGCAACAGCAAGAAGCAGCAAAAGCAUCACGUGCGGCGCAAAAACAAAUCGUCUGAUGUCUGAAAAUAUUCCCGAAGUUGAUCCAGACCUCAGUUUGCUUGACAACAAUCCUCCCGAACCUGACAACGCAUCGAUUCGUGCGGAACGCGGUUCUCCAACUCCAUCAAGUGUGACCGUUGAUAAUCAUCCGGAUAGAUCGAUCGCAAUCCAGGAUCCGUUCUCCACUUCAAGCGACGCUGGUAUUCCUGAAGUUCCUGUUCCAUCGUCAAGCGCGUUGUCGAUUUCUAGCCAAGCGCUGAGCGAUCCGACUCCAAGUGUUCCGAUUAUUGUUAGAGAUUGUGGAAACGAGGGAGUUUCGACGUCGAGUCAUCCAACUGAUCCACAAGAACCUAACGAGGUAUUUAAAACUAGAAAUGUGUUUUUUUUUUAAUUUUUCUAGGUCACGUUCUUUGUUUUUUAGAGAACGUGAAAAAUUCUGCAGAAAAUUGUUCAUUUCUAAAUUUAAAAAUAGUGUAAAAGGUGAGAGAAUUGAUUAUCGAUUUUUUUACGAAUGUUAGGAAAUUUGUUGAUUUGGGGCGUCUAAACUAGCUUUUUUGUUGGAAAAAUUGGAUUUCUAGGCGCGGCUUCUUGACAAAGUAAUUCUCUAAGCGCGCCUUCUUGAUAGAGUGGCCCUCUAGGCGCUGCUACUUGUCAUAGCGGCUCUCAAGGCACAUCUGCUUGUUAUAGAAAUUCUCUAGGCGCUGCUACUUUUCAUAGCUGCUCCCAAAGUGUCGCUCCUUUACAAAGUGAUUCUAAAGCCGCUGCUACUUGUCAUAGAAGCUCUUUAGGCGCGGCUGCUUCUCAUAGAACCUCUCAAGACGCAGUUGCUUGACAUAGUAGCUCUCUAGAAUCAGUUCCUUGAACUAAUGACUUCUAGGCGCGGCUGCUUGUUAUAGAAGCUCUCAAGACGCUGCUCCUUAUCGUAGAAGCUCUUAAGGCGCGGCUCCUUGACAGAAGAGCUCUCUAAGCGCAGCUAAUUAUCAUAGAAGCUCUCAAGGCACGAUUUUUCCUUUCAAAAAAAAAGCUUAUCAAUUUUGAAGCCUAAAUUAGUCUUUCUUUUCGAAAAAUCCACUCUAAUUCAAUGUUCCAGAUCAACAUCGACUACCUGGCUCAAUUGCUCGAUCUCGGUUUCGACGAAUUCACCGCCAGUCUCGCUCUCAAACGCACCAACAACAUCGGCGUCGAACAAGCCGUCUCGUGGAUCAUCGAACGAUCCAACGAAAGCGACUUCGAAGACGAUUCGAGUAGCAGCGAAACCGAAGGCGAAGACGUCGACACGAUGGGAGCACAAGCGAGUAGUUCCACUAACUCGGGUGGCACUGGUGUCGAAAAUGCCGCGUUGGAAAUGAUGAAAGCGUUGGCGAAACGGGGAAGAACACAUAAAAUGGUGUUGGUGGCGAAUAUGAGUCUGAAAAUGGGAGUUGGCAAAUUGGCGGCACAAGUUGGACACGCCACACUUGGCGUUUAUCGACAGGCCAUGAAUUGUGAAGCGGGACAAACGGCUAUCAAUUCAUGGACCAGACAUGGACAGGUAAGGGUUUGGUUGAUGUGAGAAACCUGGAUUUGAGACUGGGCAGGCAAAAAAUAGACCAAAACUUGAGAUUUGCAAUAAAAUCAAUAUUUUCUGAGGAUUUGCUGAUCAGAAUUACAAAAAUUUGGUUUCGUGAAAAACUGCAAAACUCAGCUCCUAAUAUGAGUGGCAAAGUUUGAAAACUAGAGACUUUAGAAGACUAUACGAAAUUUUCCAGCAUUGCCACUCAUCGAGUUCACCAAUUUUCAAAAUUUUUCACACGUGGCAUAAUUCCUGCGGGAGAAAUUUGUUAAAAUUCAUGUUUUCUAGUAGACUAGAAGGGCUUCGCUGGCUAACGCCAUCUACAGUAGUUUGACUUACUUUUUACUGAUUAAUUUUCCGGUUAGAGAAAGAGAAACAUUGAGAAAUGCCCAGAAAUUGUUCGCUUUUUUCAGAAAACAGAAAGAUCAGAUAAGAAACGUGUCCUUUAAUUUUUUUGGAAUAAAAACGUGAUCAUUCUUUUUUACAUGAAAAAAGUUUUGAUUUUUCACGUGAAAACUCGCGCACUUUUUGAAAAAUCGAAUAUUAGCGCCUCAAUGGGAAUGAAUUUGGGAUAGAAUGGUGAAGGUCCCAUCAAAAAUGGUCUUCUGGAAAUUGAGAAAAGUCGAGCGACACAUUUUAAAAUCGAAAAAUACAUUGAGAUUUUCAAACUUUUCACUCUCCGCGCACUCACAUACAUUUUGAGAAUGAAUGAAUAGGAAGCGCAUCGAGCUGCCAACAUUUAGAAACUUUUUCUUUUUUUGAUCAUCAAUUUUUAUGCGCACAGUUUUGAGAACGGGUCCCGGACAUACUAUUGCCAAAAAAAUUUUCCCAAUUAGUAUAUAGUAGAUUUUGACCCGCUGGACACGUUCCUGUUGUCAGAAACUGAACUUUUGAUGAAACAUAUCGAAAUAUACCGAAUCGACCAUGCUGAUCACGAAUCCGAAGUCAAAAAUUGCCACAAACUCCUGAGAGCACUUUUGUGGAGCUCCAAAUUUGAAAUUGAGUUUUUCACCUGGUUUCUGGGUUGAAAAUCAAUGUUUAUAACAUGAAUAAGGUUCUCAGCUUUUUAGUUUUUCAAAAAAAUAUAAAACGCCAACUGAAAACUGUAAUUUUUACAAUUACUUUCAAGACUUUUUUAAAAAUUACAGUUUUUGUCAGCUGGAUUUUCAUAUUUUUUGAUAAACAAAAAGCUGAGCUCUGAGAAUGUGAUGAACAAACUUAUUCAAGUUAUAAAAAUUGAUUUUCCACCCAGGAACAAGGUGAAAAAACUCAAUUUCAACUUUGGAGCUCUAGCUAGAAAAGUGCUCAAAGGAGUUUGUGGCAAUUUUUGACUUCGGAAUCAUGAUCAGCAUGGUCGAUUUGGUAUAUUUCGAUAUGUCUCAUCAAAAGUUCAACACCUGACCUAUGCACUUCCCUUGUAAGUAGUUUCUGACAACGGGAACGUAUUCAGUGGGUCGAAAUCUACCACAAAACAUUAAUUUCAUCAGAUUUCUCCCGCCGGAAUUAUGCUAUGUCUGAAAAAGUGAUUUAUGACGUGGCAACGCUGGAAAACGAUGACUUUACAAGUCUAUAGCCUAUUAGUCUUGUAAAGUCUCUAGUUUUCAAACUUUGCCACGUCAUAACUCAUAUUAGGAGCUGAGUUUUGCAGUUUUUCACGACAAAAAAAACAAUAAUUUUAUUAAAAAUUCCCCAAAUUUUCAAAUUUCCCCCUUUCCCUUCCUCUGAAUGGCAAAAAGCCAACCGAAAACCAGGGAUUAUCUUUUUUUUGUAUAUUUAGCUAACAUAAAAUAAAACCGAAACACGAGCUUUCACUUUGGGAGAGAAAAUAAUUACAUAACAACAAGAAAAAAUCAAGUUUCUAUCAAAAAAUUGGCGGGGGAUUAUGUGGUAAAUAAAAAGUAAUUAUUGAGAGGAAAAUCGAGAUGAAGCUGACCUUGAGAGGAUGAUUUUUGAUGGGAAAUUGGAGAAAAAUUCGAAAUUUUUGACAAAAAAUGAAGUAUUUUGCUGAAAAUCUGCGAAUUUUCAGGUUUUUUGUCAGAAAUUGUUCAGAAUAUCGGAAUUUCUGAAUAUAAAUUUAGAUAAUUUAUUUUUCAAAAUUUCAGAAGCUUACUCUUCAAAAAAUCUUAAAAACUCCCCAAUUCUGAAUUUCUUGCUAGAAAUUAACUGUGAAAAUUGAUUUUUUCAUAAAAACCUUCCAAAAUUCCCAUUUUUUCAGGUCAAAAUCGUUGUUCGCGGCCAAUCCACUGAACAAUUGAUGGAUUUGUGCAAAGCUGCCAAAGAUGCCGGUUGCUUCUAUUAUUUGGUUCAAGACGCUGGCUACACUCAAAUUCCGGCCGGUUCGCGAACCAUUUUGGGCGUUUUUGGAACGGUUGAACAAGUCGAUUCGGUGACUGGAGGACUCAAACUUCUUUAA